AUGGAUAGGUAUGGGGCCAAAACACAUCUGAAAUCUGGUGCUCAACGAUCACUGUUUAGCCCGGUCAGUGCUUUCAAGCCCGCCAUGAAGUUCUUGGAGGCUCGCGACAAGGACAACAAGACCAGCACGGACAAAUGGCGCCCUGUCGUCAAGGGCAUGUUGACUAUUGCCGAGGAGGAGGAGAAAGAGGAGGUGAUGACCCCAAUAAAGACCUCGAUGGUCUCAGAAACCCUAAGCAGAAGGCGGUUGGCCGUGCCGCUGCUCUGGGGCUCUUUGAUUGCUUCUGGUAUCGACGCUUGGAAAUAUUCGUACCUUUCGGGACUGCAUACGCCGCCAAACGGCGUGAUAGAUCAGUAUACUCGGGACACAGCAUGGAUCGGACGAGUAUUUGGCGAUGCGUAG